CAGUUCUGUGGUGUUCUUGGUCACACAUUUAUGGAGUUUCUGAAGGGCAGUGGGGACUACUGCCAGGCACAGCACGGCCUCUAUGCAGACAAGUGAACUGUAGAAGUCCAUUACUACUCCACCAAGAAGCCCCCUUAAGAGCGGUUACCAAGAUAAGAAGUGUUGAAUUGAAAUUGGCAGAGCAUUUUACAAAGGAGUUCAGACCUGGAUGGGGUAACCUCAGUGCACUGCCUUUCUUUUUGCCUCAGUAUUACUGAAUUGAAGAAUUGCUGCUUCUUGUUUUAAGAGGUUCAUUUCAUUUCCCAUCACUCCUAAAGUUCAUACUUGUCAGUACUUUCAAGUGGCUUUUAGUAAAGUAGACUUCCAUUCCUCUGCAUCACUUCUGUUAAUUUUUUUUAAUUGUAUCAAUCUUGUUGCACGUUUAACUAAACAUGGCUCGAAUGAAUCGCCCAGCUCCUGUGGAAAUCACUUACAAGAAUAUGAGAUUCCUUAUCACUCACAACCCAACCAAUGCAACCUUAAACAAGUUCAUAGAGGAACUUAAGAAGUAUGGAGUAACUACAGUAGUAAGAGUGUGUGAAGCCACUUACGACACAGCUCCAGUAGAAAAAGAAGGCAUUCAGGUUUUGGACUGGCCCUUUGAUGAUGGAGCACCACCAUCUAUACAGAUUGUUGAUGAUUGGCUUAACCUCUUGAAAGUUAAAUUUCGUGAAGAGCCUGGCUGUUGUAUUGCUGUACACUGUGUAGCUGGUCUUGGAAGAGCACCUGUAUUAGUUGCCCUUGCACUCAUUGAAUGUGGAAUGAAGUAUGAAGAUGCAGUACAGUUUAUAAGGCAGAAGCGACGUGGAGCUUUUAACAGCAAGCAACUUCUGUAUUUGGAGAAAUACCGGCCCAAGAUGCGUCUGCGUUUUAAAGAUUCAAAUGGUCAUCGUAACAACUGUUGCAUUCAGUAAAACCAAGUUGCUUUGGAAGUAGAAGAUUAAACUAGAUUUGGGCAGAUUACGUGGGGAAACUAUAUGUUUAAAUUACAUGAUGCUUCUGUAGAAGUAGGCCAAAAUGUUGGCAGGAGAGCAACUUUGUUUAGGUAACCAUUGUUUUAGAACAGGAAAUGUACAUGGCCUUUAAAAUGUCUUGUUAGUAAUUUGUAUUAUUAAAUUUUCCUUAAUCAUGCAGUUUUUCAUUGAAGUCCAGUAGACUUAUCUACCACAACAUGUGUAGAGAUUAGUUGCCAAAACCCCAGCACACUAUUUCUGUCUUUAUCACAGAGUAGUUCCCAAGUAACUACAGCAAUCUGGACCUUUCCUUUUCCCUACUGUUACUUCUGCUUUUGUGGAAAGGCUUUGUAGGGUAAUCAGCCUGUUCACUGUAUGUUUGUCUCCCACAAUCGUACUAGAACGGAUGUCAGGAUUUGCACACAAUUUACUGACUGAGUCACUUUUGGAGUCUAAACUUUUGUUAUUUAAUCCUUUUCAUUCACAUGCAUUCUAUGGUUAUGCAUAGAAAGUAAUCCUUCACGCUGUACAGAAGCACACAAAUCUUUAAUGUCUCCAGACAAAAAGCCUUAUAGUAAAAUAAAUACUGGCACUUAACGUGCAAUUUACCAGAGGGCCUGUAAAAGGAUGGGAGGGGACUAAUUAAUAUUUCUAGUAAAAUGUUGCCUUUGUCUUGUGCAAGAAGUAUAGAAUAUGCUCUUUACUUUAGUAAAUAUUUUUAAUGUAGAAAUGCUUUAUUGUAGCUGAAAUUCUAAAUCAUAAAAUUUCUGAAGAUCUUGUAAUUUCUUUUAUUGUAACUAUUGAAAGUUGUUUACCAACUCUUGCUUUGUUGGAGGUGAGUUUGUGUUUUUUUCUUGAGUUUCUGCUAUGAAGAUGGCAGACCUCCGUAAUAUUUUGUAUGCCUUUUGAGCCGCGUAACUUAAUAUUUGGAUACUUGAUAAUUUGUUAUGUAAUUGAUAAAAUGGUGAUGUGUAUUAAUGUUCAACCAUAUAUUUAUACUGUAUUGGGAAUGUGUGGUUAUAGUACUGUGGGAGAAAUAAUUUGCCAGUGUUCACCAGCUUGUAAAAUCUAGUGCGAGAGCUCAGACAUCUAAAUAAACUCAAAGCUGCAUUGCA